AUGAGAGCAGCUCAUAGUCGACAAAAGAGCUAUGCAGAUAAUCGACGUCGCCAAUUAGAGUUUGAGGUCAGGAAUAAGGUAUUCUUGAGGACUGCACCAAUGAGAGGGGUCAUGAGGUUGGGAAAGAAUGGCAAGUUGAGCCCUGGAUAUGUCGGGCCCUUUGAAAUUCUUGAUCGGAUUGACCCAGUGGCUUAUAGAGUAGCCCUACCACCAGCACUCUCAAGAGUACACCACGUAUUUCAUGUAUCUAUGCUGCGGAAGUACAUACUCGACCCCACCUACGUUGUUGACUACCCUCUUCAACUUCAGGAAAAUUUGACUUAUACGAAAGAGCCGGUGCAGAUUGUAGAGAGAAAAGACCAAGUACUACGAAAUCGGACUAUUCCAUUGGUAAAAGUGGUAUGGAAUAAUCAUGCUAUCAAUGAAAUCUCUUGGGAAUUAGAAGAUGAAAUGCGAGUCAAGCACCCAUAA